GGUCCUGGUUCCGUUGAGGACGAGACGACAGAGACAGCGGUGUCGAUACCCAAGUCCCCCCAACGCCAGCCGCAUCCGGCUGCCAUUUUUUCCUCCCAGGCUCCCAGCUCUUCAUCCUCAACCGCUCGCCCCAACCGCGGCGCCACCCAUCGCACAGGAAGCAACUCUGUGCGGUGGGGUGGUCUGCGUGGCGAUGGCGAGGAGGCAGCAUGUCACGAUAGUCACCACGGCGAGCCUGCCGUGGAUGACCGGGACUGCUGUCAAUCCCCUAUUCCGGGCAGCUUACCUCGCAAAGACUGGGGACUGGGAGGUUACUCUGGUGGUACCGUGGCUAUCGAAGGCGGACCAGAUGCUGGUUUAUCCUAAUAAGAUGAAGUUCGGUGCACCAGGGGAACAAGAAGCUUAUGUGCGGCGGUGGCUUGAGGAGCGGAUUGGGGCAUUACCGAGAUUCAACAUAAAUUUCUAUCCCGGGAAGUUUUCUACGGAGAAAAGAAGCAUUCUACCUGUUGGGGAUAUAACCGAGACCGUAUCUGAUGCAAAAGCAGAUAUUGCAGUUCUAGAAGAGCCAGAACAUCUUACAUGGUAUCAUCAUGGACGAAGGUGGAAAACCAAAUUUCGUAAAGUUAUAGGUGUUGUUCAUACAAACUAUUUGGAAUAUGUGAAGAGGGAGAGGAAUGGGUACAUUCAUGCAUUUCUGUUAAAACAUAUCAAUUCUUGGGUCACUGACAUCUACUGCCAUAAGGUUAUAAGAUUAUCAGGAGCAACUCAGGAUGUCCCAAGAUCUGUAAUUUGUAAUGUUCAUGGAGUAAACCCCAAAUUUAUUGAAAUUGGCAAAUUGAAGCAGCGCCAGAUAUCUCAAAGAGAGCAGUCAUUCUUCAAGGGUGCAUAUUAUAUCGGAAAGAUGGUCUGGAGUAAAGGUUACACAGAGCUGCUCCAGCUGUUUCAUAAGCACCAAAAGGAAUUGUCAGGUCUCAAGAUGGAGCUUUAUGGCAGUGGAGAAGAUGCUGAUGAAGUUAAAGCAUCAGCUGAGAAACUAAAUCUAGAUGUUAGAGUCUACCCUGGUCGCGAUCACGCAGAUUCAAUAUUUCACGACUACAAGGUUUUUAUAAACCCAAGCACAACAGAUGUAGUCUGCACUACAACGGCAGAAGCUCUGGCGAUGGGAAAGAUUGUGAUCUGUGCGAACCAUCCUUCAAAUGAAUUUUUCAAAAGAUUUCCUAACUGCCACAUGUAUAAUACUGAGAAAGAGUUUGUUAAACUAACGAUGAAAGCAUUGGCAGAAGAGCCAAUCACACUGUCAGAGGAACUGAGACAUGAGCUUUCCUGGGAGGCAGCGACAGAGAGGUUUGUUAGGGUUGCUGAUAUUGCACCAGCCAUGCCUAUCAAGCAAAAUCCUUCCUCUUCACAGCAUUUCAUGUACAUCAACCCAGAUGAACUUAAGAAGAACAUGGAAGAUGCAUCGGCAUUUUUCCAUAAUACAAUUUCUGGGAUUGAAGCUGCCCGCUGGGUGUUUGGUGCAAUACCAAAUAGUCUACAGCCUGAUGAACAACAGUGCAAGGAACUCGGGUGGAGGCCCCAGGGCCAAUAACCUUUCUCUCUCAUGCUUGCCCUGAACGGUGGAAUCACAACUAAUUGCAGUCCAGAGGGGGUUGAGGCCUGAGGGAACUAACUCAGAAAUUUACAGAAACAUCUGUUGCUCAAAAACGAUUAAGGACCACUGUUUGACAUGCCCUUGUUUUCUUUCCUGGUAUAUGUUGGAGCUGCAAUUUCCCUUUUAAUGCAUCGUAUGUGGCAAUUGUAAAUCUGCAUCAGGUGAUGUGCUUUUGUAAAUUACAAUGUUGAAGUGCUCGGCAAUGUUUAUGGUCUCAUUCUCAUGUAGCCUGUGCUAUAUAA